AUGGCGAUGGUCGCCCCAAAUCCAUGGCGAGAGCCGACGGCAGUUUCUUCCGUUACAGAUUCCGUCCCAGGGCUAGAGAUUCCCUCGCUGACGAACUACAAAGUCGAGUCAAUCGAGUCCGUUUCCUUCGAACACUCUUCAGUACCCAUCCUCAGAGAUCUAGAUCAAAACCAGAAUGUCACUGUUUCUCUUAUCAGUCCGACGAUACCUACAAGUCCCAACACUCCUGCUGGAUCGAGCUCAGACAGUUCGCUGCCGUCCGAAGUGAAGCAAGAGCCCGGUGGAAACAACACUUCAACGAGUGACAAAUCGCACAUCGAAUGCGUGGUUUGUGGCGAUAAAUCAUCCGGCAAACACUACGGACAAUUCACGUGCGAAGGGUGCAAGAGUUUCUUCAAGCGUUCUGUGCGGCGCAAUCUGAACUACACAUGCCGCGGCAAUCGCUCGUGCCCUAUUGAUCAGCAUCAUCGAAAUCAGUGUCAAUACUGUCGCCUCAAGAAGUGCUUAAAAGUCGGCAUGCGGCGAGAAGCCGUCCAACGCGGAAGGAUGCCACCAGGCCAGAACCUAGGUCAAUUCGCCCUUCCGGGACCCGAGGGUUUUCUCGGCUCCGGACCUGGCUACUUGUCCGGCUUCAUUUCAUUGCUACUACGUGCAGAGCCCUACCCAAGGUACAACCCUACUUCUGGUCUUAUGGGCGUCGAAUCCGUUUGCGAGUUAGCCGCCCGACUUCUCUUCUGUGCUGUCGAAUGGGCCAGGCAGAUUCCAUUCUUUCCUGAACUCCAAAUCACUGACCAAGUGAAUAUGCUCAAAUGGUGCUGGCCAGAACUGUUUGUUCUUAACGCUGCGCAGUCUCAUAUGCCACUUCAUGUUGCUCCGCUGUUAGCUGCUGCUGGUUUUCACAACUCCGCUGAUAAAGUUAUGAGCUUUAUGGAUCAAGUGAGAGUAUUCCAGGAGCAAGUGGAGAAGCUGAAAAGUUUACACAUCGACUCGGCUGAAUUCACCUGUCUGAAGGCAAUCGUGCUGUUGUCGCCAGAUGCACCCGGCAUAAGCGAUCCCGCGCAUGUUGAAUCGAUCCAGGAAAAAGCACAAUGCGCCUUGGAAGAAUACACGAGAUGCCAAUACCCUGGGCAGCCCUCCCGUUUCGGAAGACUGCUGCUGCGACUUCCCUCGGUGCGAACAGUUUCCCCUCAUGUGAUCGAGCAGCUCUUCUUCGUGCGACUAGUGGGCAAGACUCCGAUCGAGACACUGAUUCGAGACAUGCUUCUGUCAGGAAGUCCUACGCCAACUAGUUUCCAGCCUCCACCAACUUUCCAGCCGCCGCCUCCACCUCCUGUGCCGGCGCCUGUUCCCGUUCAAGUUCCCUACCCAGUCGUCACGUCCUCUUUCUCUGACCUGCUGGACACGAAUCCAGUCGUGACGUCGUCCUUCUUACCGUCGCCUGUACCAGUCCCCGCACAAGUUCCACCUAACGCAUGA